CAAGGUGUACAAUCUUUGACAAUACCAAGUAAACAAUAAACACUAGACACAUGUGGCAGAUGUAAACAAUUGGUUACCACGUGGAUAUAAGGGUUCGAUUCAUGAUGUCAAUUGUUUAAGAUUUCGGUGAAACGAAUAAAGAAUAGACUGACAUUAAUUAUGGCCAUUUCACUGAGCCCAUCUCAGUUACAGUGCAGGGUCAGUUCUGUACUAAAUCGAGAUGUUAAACUGUAUGGGAAGAAACACAUUUUUGAUGGUAAUGAUGAAACAUGUUGGAACUCCGACCAGGGAUCACCACAAUGGAUUGAAAUUGAGUUUCCAGAUGUGAAAAAUCUUUCAGCAUUUGAAAUACAGUUUCAAGGAGGAUUUGUUGGAAAAGACUGCCAAAUAGAGAUAGUGCCUGGGCCUGAAAGUGAGAAGUACGUGGAGCCAUUUUAUCCAGAGGAUAUAAAUUCUUUACAGAAAUUUUCACUAAAACGUGUGACACCUGCAAAAAUUGUCAAAUUUGUGUUCAACUCAAGCACAGACUUCUUUGGACGAAUUGUAGUGUACAAUCUAACACUGUAUGGAUCCAGCUGAUAUGAAAGUAACAUUUGCAUUUUUUUAUUUUUGUCUUAAACAUUUUAUGUUCCAAAUACAUUUUCUGGCAGUAUUGAACUGUUAGUUCUUGUUUGCUUAUUUACCAUACCAGAAAUUGAUUACCAUCCUGAUUAAUUAAGCAAGCAUAACUAUUCAUGUAUCAGUGAAAUGUAAAGCUCAUAAUUUAAAUAUCCGUGUGAACAACUGAAUGCAAAAAUUGUUUGUGUAGGAAAAAUGAUAAAUUCCUUUUUCCUUUUAUACAGAUGAGUGAUAGCGCAUUAUUUUUAUGUUCAUUCUAGAACUGUGCUUUAUGUGCAAUAUUUCCUAAUUUUCAUUGACACAAGAUGUUUGCUGACAUAUUACUGUGUAAUAUAUGAUCACAUGUCUUAUUGUCAAAGUACUGUUACACACCCCUACCAUAUUCAUUUCUUUUAUGUCUUCUUAGCUCACACUUGUUGUGGUUUUCUCAAAGAACUUUAAGUGAAUGCUUCUGAAUGAAGGAAAGAAGAAUGAUAUUUUUCAGAAAAGACAUUUUGAACUGACUGAUGUCAUUGUGACAGAUGACAACAAGACUAAUGAAAGAGGUAAUAACAGUGUGAUAUGCACUAAUGGCACAUCUCUGACUGUAUAGACCAUGCAUCCAGGUUGGACAUCCAUUCUUUCAAAAUUUUACAGUAGUCCAGGCAAGGUCUCGUCAGUGUAUUAAAUGUUUCACACUCUGUGCAAACCUGUUUAGAGGGAAUGGAUGAUACAUGGAUGUUGUGGAAUUAAAAUUAUGUGAAAAUCUUAACAGAAAAGAAAGAAUAUGGUACUGUUUUUACUCUUUAGAUAUCACUCGUUCUUCUGGGUGUCCUUUUAAAUACCAAGACAAUGCAAUUUACAUUGGGACUUGUAUUCUCAGUCAUAGUCAAUAAAUCACAGGGACAGAGUACUUAGAAUUGUGGAAUGGGUGUGAGAUUACCAUGUUUCUCCCACAGACAGCUGUAUGCAUCUAGCGAGUUGUGUUAUAUAAGAAUUUAUUUAUUCUUGAAUCUGGAGGUGAAAUUAAAAAUAUCAUGUGUAAUCAGGUUUUGUUGUAAAUUAAUAUUACAAAGAAUUUAUGAAAGAUUUUGCUUUAUAAUUUGUAUAAUGCAUAUGUACUUUGAAAAACAUGUAAAUAAAUGAAAUUUGUUUUUAUGCUAA